AUGGGGGCUAGUGAUAUGAAAAUGGAAAAAGUUUAUGUCACUCUGAGGGCUUUGCUUGGCGCUUUGGAAAUUCUUGUCGAAAAUACCCCACCAACUGAUAAACUUGGUAGACAAAUUCUGGAUGAGAUAAGGAGAGUAAAAGAAUCUGCUGCAUGCUCCAGUACAGCAAGAUACAGGAUGUACCACAUAAUGCCUGAGGACAGCCAGGAGCCGACUAAUCUGCCCCUAACGCUGCUAAAGGACAUCACAGAUGAUUUCAGUGAUGAGCGAGAAAUCGGCAGGGGUGGGUUUGCGGUUGUUUACAAGAUGAAUUAA